CAAUUUCAAAAGUUAAAAAGGGAGAGGCCAGCAGAACAGAACAGAAGUUGCAGACUCAGGAACACCAAGACGAAGACGAAGAGGAAGAGGAAGAGGAAGAAGAAUAAGAGAAAGGGGAGGGGAGAUUAAUUACUAUUCUGCCACCUCCUUUAUUACCCAACCCACCUGCUGCACCCACCCAUCACCCUCAAUCCCUCUUCCUUCCUAUUCCUUUGAGUUUUCCGUCUAUAUAAACUCUCCUUCUUCUACACUCUCAGUCUCACCUCACUUUCGUUCCCCAAAAGCCUCUCUGUAUUCCUAAAUACCAAAAAGCCCGUUCCGUUCUUUUUCAUUACACUUUCCCAUCAAUUCAAGCUAUCUCCAUUCCCUUUCACACCAAUUUCAUAUUCAAUGUAACCUCCUCCUUCCUUCCUUCCUUCCUCAUCAAUUAAACUCUUGAUCUUGGAUCUCCCUAGCUUAGUGAAGCAGCUGUAUGCUCGCCUCGAAUGGACAAUUGAAACUCGUGGGCGAAUAGGAGAGAAGGAGAAGGGAAUCGUUGGGAAGUCAAAAUGCGGGUGAAAGAGAUGCAUCCUCUUUGCUGUAUCUCGCUGGAGAGUGCGGGAAUCGGGAAUCAAUCUCCGGAGGUGUCGCUUUCGAGGACAAGGAGUCUGCCUGCCAGUUUGGCUGCAGUCGGAUCUGAGCGCAAUGCCGGUGGGCGGGCUGGGGGAUCGGAGGCCACCGUGGCCGGGAUCCUCUAUAAGUGGACCAAUUACAGCAAAGGAUGGAGAUCCCGGUGGUUCCUCUUGAAAAAUGGCGUCCUCUCUUACGCCAAGAUCCGGUGGCCGGAAAACCUCAAUCUCCUCACGCCGACCGAUGACGUCAGGUUGAUUGGCGAAAUCUCAACUAACCGAUUAGCGAGGACGGACAACGGGAGUACCAUGCGUCGGAAGAGCCAGAAAUCUGCGUCUGGCGCAGUCCAUCUCAAGGUUUCAUCAUUUAGAGAGAGCAGAUCAGACGAUCGGCGGUUCUAUAUCUUUACUGCUACCAAGACUCUCCAUCUUAGAACUGAUUCAAGGAAAGAUCGGGAGGCGUGGAUUCAAGCUUUGGAGUCUACUCGUUGCUUGCAUCCACUUAGAUCACUGAAGGAUAAUAUUUCCCUUGUACCCACUGAUAUUUCGAUAUCAACUGAGAGCCUGAAGAAGCGCCUGCUUGAGGAAGGAACCUCUGAGGACGUUGUGAAGGAGUGUGAGCAAAUAAUGCUCUCUGAGUUCUCGAGAAUGCAAGGGCAACUUAAAAUCCUUUGUGAAGAGCGAUCAAAUUUGCUUGAUACAAUAAGGCAGUUGGAGGCAGCUAACAUUGAACCUGAGGCCUCUGGGAUCCAUGAUGGUGAAUACCAGUUAACAAAGCAUGAAUUUUCAAGCUUAGGACGUGCAAAGUAUAGUGAAUGCAGCACAACUGAAUCAUCUGAAGAUAUUGAGAAACAGGAGAUGGAAGAUGUGUCAGAUGAAGAUGAAAUCUCAUACUAUGACACUGCAGAGUACUUUGCAGAACCUGGUUUCAGGUGUGGGUCGUCAGGACCUCUGGUUCCUGCUGACAAUUGUAGUUAUCCUCAGAUCGCGAGACGAAGAAAGCUUCCUGAUCCUGUUGAGAAAGAGAAGGGUGUUAGUCUUUGGUCCAUGAUCAAAGACAAUGUGGGAAAGGAUCUCUCACGUAUUUGCCUUCCAGUGUACUUUAAUGAGCCAAUAUCUUCCCUUCAGAAAUGUUUUGAGGACCUAGAAUACUCUUACCUUUUGGACCGAGCUUAUGAGUAUGGAAAAUCGGGAAACAGUCUCCUUCGAGCACUGAAUGUUGCAGCGUUUGCCGUUUCUGGAUAUGCAUCAUCUGAAGGUCGUCACUGUAAACCAUUUAACCCUUUGUUGGGGGAAACAUAUGAAGCUGAUUAUCCUGAGAAAGGAAUUCGCUUCUUUUCUGAAAAGGUCAGUCAUCAUCCAACUCUCAUUGCCUGCCACUGUGAAGGUAGAGGAUGGAAGUUUUGGGGUGAUAGUAACAUUCAUUCAAAGUUUUGGGGCAGGUCAAUUCAGCUUGACCCAGUGGGAGUUCUGUCUGUAGAAUUUGAUGACGGUGAAAUAUUUCAAUGGAGUAAGGUCACCACAACAAUUUAUAAUCUUAUCCUUGGUAAAAUAUACUGUGAUCAUCAUGGAAACAUGGAUAUACGCGGUAAUCGCCAAUAUUCAUGCAGACUCAAGUUCAAAGAGCAGACCAUUCUUGAUCGAAAUCCUCACCAGGUGCAUGGAUUUGUUGAAGAUGUCACGGGGAAAAAGGCUGCUGCCUUAUUUGGCAAGUGGGAUGACAGCAUGUACUAUGUUAUUGGUGAUGGGAAUGUCAAGUCAAAACAUAUAACUUCAUCAGAUGCAUCGAUGCUGUGGAAAAGGACUAAACCUCCUACUAAUCUCACUCGUUACAAUAUGACAUCGUUUGCUAUAACUCUGAACGAGCUUGUACCAGGACUCAAGGAGAAGCUCCCGCCUACGGAUUCCAGGCUGAGACCAGAUCAGCGGCAUCUAGAGAAUGGGGAAUAUGAGAAGGCGAAUUUGGAGAAACAAAGGUUGGAGAAGAGACAAAGAAUGUCAAGGAAAAUACAAGAAAAUGGUUGGAAACCUAAAUGGUUCCAAAGAGAUGGUGAAAAUGGAACGUUUCGAUAUGUGGGCGGGUAUUGGGAAGCCAGAAAGCAAGCAAAAUGGGACGGAUGCCCGAAUAUAUUUGGUGAUUUUAAUGGAGACUCGGUUGCUCGUUUGGAUGCAUCUUGAUUUCAGUCCAGGUAAGUUAUUGGUAAUGAAGGCAGAAUUCAUACGGGGCAGUGUUUUAAGACAGAAUGAAAGGGACAGUAGAACCUCGUUAAAUGGCGCCCUCAAGUUCAGCACAAACAAAGCCACAAAACUUCGUUAUUGCCCUUUUGUUGGUGAUAUGGAAGUGAUGAACCAGAAAAAAGGGGAACUAAAAUAACGCAACUCGUUUUUCUUACAGUUGCUUAUGGCAAAUAUGGAAUUUACUUGGAAUAGCUUAUAUCAGCUGGACGAGUUGUAUUGUUUUCUUAUUUAGUUGCAUGUAUUUAUAACUCUGAAGAGCUUUUUUUUUUUUUUUUUUUUCCUUUUUCUUUUUUGGGGUCCACUCAUGAUCUCUGAGAAAAGAACUCCGCUUAGCGAAGGUGCACCAGGGUGUCGUCACUAUGUUAGGAAUAUAGUAGUAUUAUAUGCUGCCUUUUAUUUUUUUAGAAUAAAAAAAUAUUCUUGUUAGUACGUAGUUCUGUUAUCCACCUUAUGUAUGAUUCCCUCAGCUGCCUAGGUGGGGACAUUAUUUUCAUGGUGGUUUGUAUUUUAUUAGAAAAAAGAUUACAUGAAAUAUUUUUCCUCC